CGGGCGCAUUUAUAAGUGUAAAUUUCCAUCAUCAAAUUUUCCCAACGAAGAUGUACCGGCGUGCGACCCUUAUUACCGCCUUAGUAACGAUUUUAUGUAACGCAAGUACCGACUCUAGUACCGCGGUUGAAAUUUACCAUAUCGCCGUGACCAUUAGGCAGUGCUUAACGCAAAAAUAUCCAGGAUUGUGCCUGAAGGAGAGAGCCCUGGAGGCCCUUAACGAAACGGUUUAUAUGGACGAGCCGAUAGUGAUCGGGAUCUUAAGGAUCGAGAAGAAUUCUGAUUAUAACUGGAAUAGUACCCAGGUUGGUCCGGUACUGCCCAAUGAGAUUAGCAGGAGAAGUAUCGUGUUGAAUGAUGCCCUUUAUGAUAAAAUUAAGGAGUAUUUCAAGUCUAGGACGAUAAGGCUUAAUGUGGAUGAAGCGUUUGAAGGUCGAAAAAAGGGAGGCGGCGGCGGUGGCGGCAUGAUGGGCGGCAAAGGCAAAGGCGGCAUGAUGCUGAUGGCGGCAGCCUGUAUGGGUACCGGAAUGAUGAUGGGAAAAAUGGGAAUGAUGGCGAUGGCGGCAAUGAUGAUGUCGAAGAUCGCCCUCUUAUUAUCGGCCAUUAUGAUGUUGAAAAAGUCAAAGGGGGGCGGCGACGACGAAGGUAAAGAAAAGCAAAUAAAAAUAGUUUACGCGACGACCAGCGGCGGAGGUGGGGAUUAUGGCAAAGGAGGCGGCGGGGGCGGCGGAGGCGGCGGCUGGCAUCGGAGCAUGACGAACAGUCACGAGCCGCAGACGAUUACGUACCGAGCGCAAAUACCCCAAGACGCAAGCGCCAAUAUCGUUUACGAAGGUUAUUAGAAAUUCUUGAUUGACACUUCGAUAUUACGUUUAUUUUUUAAAGCUAAGCCAGACAGAAAAUGAGGACUGAAUGGUGGACUUAAUCAACAGCAACAACAUUCCAUACAAGACUUUUAAUUAUAUAUUUAUUAAUAAGUUAUUAACAUAUUUUAUGUGCACCUUUUAUAUGAGUUAUAAGGUUGUAUAUAUA